AUGUACAUACGUAUCCCAUCAUGUACAUACAUAUACUCAUCCGGGCCCAUUCCCUGGGAUCCCAGUGGCCCCCGCAACCUCUGGAAUCAGCUGUCCCUCCCACCUCUCUCCCCAGUCUUUCCGUGGCAUUCAUUUUCCUGUCGUGAGUCUGCAAUGUCGCCCUCCCUCCCUCUCCCCAACCCGCUUCCUCUCAUUAUCCUCCUAUUCCUCUUCGACAACUCAAAUUUGGGUACUCGGCUACGGGCGCUCUUCCCAGCCAAUCAGAGCGAGGAGAACAUCCGCAGCACUGUUCACCGGGCGGCAGACUCAGUGCAGUGGGCCAUGGGGGGGUGGGGGGAGGAGGAGGAAGAGGGAGAGGAAGGUGGAGGAGGGGAGGAUGGGGAGGAGAGGGAGGAGGGUGUGGGAGUUCUGUUGCUGGGGAUAGAGGAGGUGGCGGAGCGAGACUGGGUGCAGCAAGUACAGGACUCCUUCCAUCCCAUCCGUGUGGACCAAGGCCUUUGGAUCGUCCCUUCCUGGGCCACACUGCCGGAUGAGGUCUCACAAGACCAGUCACAAGACCACCCCUUUCUAGCCAUAACUCUCGAGCCCGGUCUCGCAUUCGGCACUGGCGACCACCCCACCACCCGGCUCUGCCUGCGCUGGCUGCGCGCGGUCGUGACACCUGGCAGCACGCUAUUGGACUACGGCACGGGCUCCGGCGUGCUGGCGAUCGCAGGGAUCAAGAUGGGAGCAGCAGCAGCGGUGGGGGUGGAUAUCGAUGAACUGUCAGUGGCAGCAGCAGCGCACAACGCAUCCCUCAAUAGCAUCCCUCCUUCGCAAUUCACCGUCCUUCUCACACACCCGGACGGCCCAGAUCUGCUUGAUGAGUUUGAUGUUAAUGAAGCCGGAGGGACUGCUGCUAUGGAAUCUAGGGUCGGUGUUGGUGCUGGCUUGGUGUUGCCGACUCUUCCUGCUGAGCUGGCAGUCUCUGAUUCGUCGGACACACGCGUGCUGUUUGACGUUGUGGCUGCCAACAUUCUCGUGAACCCUCUUCUCCUAUUGGCUGGGCGGAUUUCUUCCAGAACCAAGCCUGGUGGGAGGCUUGGGCUGUGGAGCAAGUUAUUACAGCAUACGCUCCUUAUGCAGAAGUAA